AGUUUAUAAGCGUUUCAAUUCUUCACUAAAUUAUUUUCUUUCAAAACUUUCGUAUUUUACGUUGCCAGUUGGUUUCAUUUAGAUGAUCAAUUGAAUAUCACGAAACACUGAAUAUCUUUUUCUCUAGGAUGGGGAUUGUUCAUCCACUGUUCAAACAAAGAUCAAAUCAUAAAUUAUGGUUUUCAGGCGAGAUAUUUACUAUGUUCUAUCGACAAGCGAUAUCGAGAAUUCGUUGUUGGACGGGUUAAUUACCUUGUAUCAAACAUAUUUAGACUCCUCUGUUAAUAUCUACUCACUAGAUUACUGGGAAAUUACAUUUAUAUUAGCUAAAGGUGUUCAUACUUAUGUGUAUACUAGGUUUGUGGAGAUUGUUGAAUUUUAUAGUUGAUAUCACAGAAUGAACUUGGGUAGUUAACCAUUGGGAAUCGGACACGAAUUCUCACUAGAAUCUCAGAAACAUUUUCAGUCAACCAAUUCUACGAUUUGGUGAAAUGCCUGUUUUCACAGAUUCGAUUUUAUAUCCCGGUCAAAAUCGUCGAUUACAAAGUACAACACAUGAAACAUUUGUUGAAAAGCCAAUCACUUACACAGAACCUGCAAAACCGGUACCAACAAAUCUUCGUGUUGAAGGUGAACGAGAUUUUUUAACUACAAAUAAAAGUGUUUACACAGUCAAACCGAUAACAGGAUGUCCUGUACGUAGACUAAAGAUGCCAAGUACUCCAAAACCACGUGUUAGCGAACCAUUUUCUGGUGAAACUCAAUUUCGUGCAGAUUUUCCUCCAGAACGUGCAUGGAAUAGUGUUGAUCCAAUGAGCUCAAUUGUACCACAACCAUGUCAACCGCCAAAAGCACAAAUUCAGUUGCGCGACACAAACGAGAUAUCUUUUCAUACAGAACAGCGUGAUCAAUUUCAAGGUCAUGAUGCUAAGACUAAUCCAAAACCAAAAUCAUUCAAACAUGAACCAUCGGUUUACACCAAACCAGCUAUUAAACUUGAUUGUAAUUCAGUGACGAAGUUGGAUUUCCAACCAUAUACAACUGAACAAAUACUUAGUGUGAACGCAAAGUCUACCUUCGGUCGAAAAAUAAUGAAUAAUGAUGACAGUGGUGUACAACAAUCUGAAAAAAUGAAACCUGAGGAAUUAAAACUACUGAAAAACUAUUUAAAAGGUUUAAAAUCAGCGAAAAAUCAACAAUUACCUAAAAUGUAGAAUAAUUAAUUUCUUAUUGAAAAUAAAGUUAUAUCUGAU